CAAAGAUUUCGGCGUUCUAUGCUGCCUCUCUAAAACCCUGAAUUAGGGCUUUUCCCGCCCUUGAAAGCUCCCGCUCCUUGUGUCGCGCAACCCAAUCCGGCGCCUCUAGUUUCCAUACACCAUCUGUGCAUUGUCGUGGAGGAAAAAAUGGUGUCUCCCAAGCAACUCUUGUCCGUGGUGGAGUCGACUUUGCUGGGACGGACUACGCCCACGGCCGCUCAGAGAAUCGAGCUCCUUCACGCCAUUCGCCACUCUUACCCCUCUCUCAAGUCUCUCCUCUCUUACUCGCCCCCAAAACCAUCAGACAGAGCUCAAGUCCAGUCGAAAGAAGUGAGACUGCCAGAUGCUGGGCCAAUCUCUCUUGAUGACCAGGAUGUUCAAAUCACAUUAAAAUUAAGUGAAGACCUGCAUCUCAAUGAAAUGGACGCUGUGCGUUUGCUUGUUUCAGCCAAUCAAGAGUGGGGAUUGCUGGGUCGAGAGCCAUUAGAGAUCUUUCGCUUUGCUGCGGGACUUUGGUAUACGGAGAGGAGAGAUUUAUUAACAGCAAUGUACAUGCUUUUGAGGUUUGUUGUCCUUGACCAGGGUCUUGAAGCUGAUCUUGUAUCUGACAUCCAUAGUUAUUUACAAGAUCUCAUAUCUUCUGGACUUCGACAGCGGUUGAUUGCACUUAUGAAGGAACUCCGAAGAGAAGAGCCAGCCGGUUUAGGAGGACCCAAUUGUGAGAGCUACAUUCUUGACUCAAGGGGUGCUCUAGUAGAAAGGAAAGCAGUAAUCACUAGGGAAAGGCUCAUUAUUGGUCAUUGCCUUGUUCUUUCGAUUUUGGUUGCUCGUGCAGAUUCUAAAGAUGUUAAAGACAUUUUUCUUGCUCUAAAAGAGAGUGCCAGUGAAUACAGUGGGGCCACAGAUUCCCUGAAGCAUCAGGUGAUGGUGGCCGGAAAUGAUCCUGUAGUUGAAGGCUUUGUUGAUUGUGUUAGACUUGCAUGGGUUGUACAUUUGUUGUUGGUAAAAGAUGGAAAUGAUGGUAAGGAGAUGAUAGCUACUUCGUCGUCAAAUGAUGUGAAAAAUAUUUGCUCAUGCUUGGAAGUCAUUUUUGCCAAUAAUGUAUUCCAGUUUUGGCUGGAUAAGAUUCUUCGCAGUGCAGCAUAUCAGAAUGAUGAUGAGGAUAUGAUCUACAUUUACAAUGGUUAUCUCCACAAACAAAUGACAUGCUUGCUUUCACAUCCCAUAGCCAUAGGCAAGGUAAAUGAAGCAAAAGAGAAGGCUAUGGCUAUACUUAGUCCGUACUCCUCUGCUGCCACACAUAAUCAGAUGACUCUAGACAGUGGAAAUCCUCAAGAGACUAACAGAGUUGGUCAGCAACCUUUUGUCUCCUUACUGGAGUUUGUGAGUGAGAUUUAUCAGAAGGAACCUGAGCUACUGUCUAGUAAUGAUGUUAUUUGGACGUUUGUGAAGAUUUCUGGCGAGGGUCACACUAAUUUUCAAACACUUGUGGCAUUUUUGAAAAUGCUGAGUACCUUGGCUUGUAAUCCGGAGAGCGCUUCCAAAGUAUUUGAGUUGCUUCAGGGGAAAACAUUUCACUCCAUUAGGUGGAACACCUUAUUCGACUGCUUAUCCAUUUAUGAAGAAAAGUUCAGACACUCUGCUCACAGUCCUGGAGCACUAGUACCAGAGUUUCAGGAAGGGGAUGCCAAAGCACUAGUUGCAUACUUGAAUGUUCUACAAAAGGUUGUGGAUAAUGGGAGUCCCACUGAAAGGACGAAGUGGUUUCCUGAUAUGGAGCCAUUGUUCAAACUCCUCGGCUAUGAGAAUGUGCCUGCUUAUCUCAAGGGUGCGUUGCGUGGUGCUAUUGCUUCAUUUGUCCAUGUAUCUCCUGAUAUGAAAGAUACAAUUUGGAGGUACUUGGAGCAGUAUGACCUACCAGUGGUUGUUGGGCCAAAUGCAGGGAGCACCGGACAUGCAAUGGAUGCACAGGUUUAUGAUAUGAGAUUUGAGUUGAAUGAAAUUGAAGCACGGCGGGAGCAAUACCCUUCGACUAUAUCAUUUAUAAAUCUCCUAAAUACUCUUAUUGCUGAGGAAAGGGAUGUCAGUGACAGAGGACAUAGAUUCAUUGGCAUCUUCAGAUUUAUAUAUGAUCAUGUAUUUGGUCCAUUCCCUCAGAGAGCUUAUGCGGAUCAUUGUGAGAAAUGGCAACUUGUUGUAGCUUGUCUUAAGCAUUUUCAGAUGAUGUUAAGCAUGUAUGAUCUUGGAGAAGAUGAUAGUGAUGCUACUGCUGAUCAGUCUCAAACUUCCAUAAUGAUUCAGUCUUCUCCUGUUAAUAUGCAACUUCCUGUUGUAGAAAUUAUGAAGGAUUUUAUGAGUGGAAAAACCCUGUUCCGUAAUAUUAUGGGUAUUGUUUUACCAGGGGUUAAUUAUCUAAUCGUUGAAAGAACAAAUCAAGUUUAUGGGCAACUGCUUGAAAAAGCUGUUUUGCUCGCUUUGGAAAUCAUUAUUCUUGUUAUGGAAAAAGACACCAUUGUUUCUGACCUUUGGCGCCCUCUGUAUCAGCCUUUGGAUGUCGUACUCUCUCAAGAUCACAAUCAGAUUGUAACUUUGUUGGAAUACGUACGAUAUGAUGUUCAGCCUCAGAUCCAGAUCUGCUCCAUCAAAAUUUUGACCAUUCUAAGUUCAAGGAUCAUUGGGCUAUCACAGUUGCUGCUAAAAUCAAACUCUGCAAACAGUUUGAUUGAGGAUUAUGCAACCUGCUUAGAGCUGCGCUCUGAGGAAGGUCAAAUUUUUGACGAUAGCAGCAUGGAUCCUGGCGUUCUGAUUAUGCAACUGCUCAUUGACAAUAUCGAUAGACCAGCUCCCAACAUCACUCAUCUAUUGCUUAAAUUUGAUCCCUGUCGAAAGGACUUAUCUUCAGCCAAAAUUUCAUUACAGGUCAUUCUCCAAGUUUUGGAUGAGCUUUCUAAACCUGAAGUCAAUGCUUUGCUUCAUGAAUUUGGUUUUCAGCUCAUUUAUGAAUUGUGCGUGGAUCCACUGACUUCAGCUCCUACUAUGGAUUUGUUAUGCACCAAAAAGUACCAGUUCUUUGUAAAGCACCUGAGUUCAAUUGGUGUUUCUCCCCUUCCAAAUAGAAACAACAGUCCAGCAUUUCGCAUCAGCUCUCUGCAUCAGAGAGCUUGGUUGUUGAAGCUUUUAACAGUAGAGUUGCAUUCAGCAGACAUGACUGAUUCCAAUCAUCGUGAAGCAUGCCAUAGCAUUCUCAUUGAGUUGUUUGGCCAGAGACUUACUAAAGAUGGCAUUGAUUGUGAUGCAUCUUCCUUCAUCCCUCAAAAUGAAAAGCAAAUUGCCGCAACUGGUUUAGUUAGCAAGGUUCUGGAAUUGCUUGAGGUUGUCCAAUUUGAUACUCCUGACAUCACAAUGAAACCAUCUGAUUUCAUCUCCAAUUCAAGAUACUCUUCUUUGGCUGAGGAUAUACUUACCAAUCCAUCAACCUCUGGGAGGGAUGUUUAUUAUCAUUCGGAGCGUGGGGAUCGUCUUAUUAAUUUGGCUUCUUUUAGAGAUAGACUUUGGCAGAAGUGCAAUUUGUAUAAUUCCCUGACGAGCUCAUCUGGAACUGAAGCUGAGUUGAACGGUAUAAGAGAAGCCAUCCAACAACUAUUAAAGUGGGGAUGGAAAUACAACAAAAACCUUGAAGAACAAGCUGCCCAGCUUCAUAUGUUAACAAGCUGGUCUCAGAUUGUCGAGGUUUCUGCAUCCCAGAGGAUUUCAUUCCUUGAGAACCGAACUGAAAUACUGUUCCAAUUGCUAGAUUCUUCGCUGGGCUUUUCUGGUUCUCCUUCCUGUUCUUUAAAGAUGGCACAAAUAUUGACCCAGGUUGCUCUCACAUGCAUGGCCAAAAUACGUGAUGAAAGAUAUGUCUUCCCAAGUGGCCUAACUUUGGACAUGGUUACAUGUCUUGACAUUAUUAUGACAAAGCAAUUAUCAAAUGGGGCCUGUCACUCUAUAUUGUUCAAGAUUAUUAUGGCAAUUCUUAGACAUGAAUCUUCAGAAGCAUUGAGAAGGCGUCAAUAUGCGUUGCUUCUAAGUUACUUCCAGUACUGCCGGCACAUGUUUGAUUCAGAUGUCCCGACAACAAUUCUGCAAUUCCUUUCAGUUGAUGAGCAAGAUGGAGAUUUGGAUCUAGAAAAGAUUGACAAAGAUCAGGCUGAUUUGGCUCAUGCAAACUUUGCAAUACUGAGAAAGGAAGACCAGCUGAUUCUUAACUUGGUCAUAAAAGAUGCUACCCAGGGCAGUGAAUCUGUAAAAACAAUGGCAUUUUAUGUCCUGGAUGCAUUUGUCUGUGUAGAUCAUGAGAAAUUUUUCUUGAGUCAACUUCAGAGUAGAGGCUUCUUGAGGACAUGCUUCAUGAACAUCAGUAAUUUUUCCUAUCAGGAUGGUGGGUUAUCCAUAGAAUCUAGGCAGCGUCUUUGCACUCUUGAAGCGGAGCUUUCUUUGCUGCUGAGAAUCAGCCACAAAUAUGGGAAAUCUGGGUCUCAAUUGCUAUUUUCAAUGGGUUGUCUGCAGCAUGGAAAUUUUCGGCGCCCUGAUACCAGGAUUUCAAAAAGUUCUGUGGAUACAGAUAAGCAGCGAGUGGUGGUUGCUCCUACACUAAGAUUCUUCUUUUCAUUGACUGCACUGGUCGAUAGUUCUGAGUUCUUUGAGGUGAAGAAUAAAGUAGUCCGUGAAGUCAUAGAGUUCAUUAGAAGUCAUCGGCUUCUGUUUGAUCAAAUUCUGCACGAGAAUCUUUCAGACACGGAUGAAUUGAUUAUGGAACUUAUCAAUCUUGUCGUCGGUAUACUCAGCAAGGUUUGGCCUUAUGAAGAAAGUGAUGAAUCUGGAUUUAUUCAAGCGCUCUUCGGGAUGAUGCAUGCUCUUUUCUCCCGGGAUCCAAACAUUUUCAUUUCUUCCGGCCGAUCAGAGGUUCAGCAGAAAGCUGAUGUUACCAUAGCUCACCUCUGCUUUAGUUUGAGCUCGUAUCUCUAUUUUCUUGUUACCAAGAAGUCUCUAAGGCUGCGUGUUUCAGAUGGCGCCGUGGACAAUGAAGAAUCUACUAUGCUAAAGCAGCCCACACUGCUUUUGCUUGUUGUUUUCCUUGGUUCUGUGGCAACUGGAUUGGAAAAAGCUGCUGAAGAAAAAUAUUUACUUCUCAACAAGAUUAAGGAUAUCAAUGAGUUAUCAAGGCAAGAAGUUGAUGAAAUCCUCAAUUUGUAUGUAUCUCAAGAUAUCACUUCAACUUCUGGAAAUAUCCAACACAGGAGAUGUAAUGCCAUGGUGGCCAUGUGCUGGUUUGUCGGACACUGGAAUCGGCUUAUCAUGCUAUUGCUUCUACUCGCACAAAAUCUGAUGAACAUUAUCCUUACUCAUUUCCAUGAUAGUUCAUAUGCAUAUGGUAGCAGUCAGUCUCUGAAAGUGAUCACAUAUGACGGCUCACUCAACGCGAAAGAGGAUUUACCUUCACUUUGUGGAGAAUUGAUUCCGAUUCUUGAAAGGCUUGAAAUUGUCAGCGAGGAUAAAACAGGUCACAAUCUUAAAGUCUUCCGUAGGCUAGCUCGAUCUCUUAAGGAACUCUCAUUUCAGAAACUUGGGGCUUGAAUGAGUUGCUGUGUUGAAACGAACUACAAUGUUAACUCAUGUUGCCUAAUGUUCUGAGUGUUUAGAAAUUCAAAAGUGUAUGUAUAUUUGUUUCUCCAUGACAUGGACAUGUAAAGAGUUUGGAUUCCAGUUUUCUAGUGUUUCAUCCUUCUUCUCUGCUGCAGUCUUGGGAGGCGGCUGGUGAGAUAUUUUGUUGCCGCACCUGAGUUUAAGCCGAGACAGCCGUGUAAUUCCCAAUCACAAUUGGCAGUAUAUUUAUUUGGCCAAACGAUAAGAUUUUUAAAUUUUUUUCCAGCGGUUACACAAGUUUCCAAACCUAUAUUGGUAUGAUCUAUUCCACAUAUAUGAGAUUAUAGGAUUAGGUGUAAAAUUUAUUAUUAUCCGAAAGGUAGCUUCUCUUAAAUAUAUUCUUGAUAGUCGGAAGCGAGGUGUCUGCAGUGAUCAUUAAAUGGUAGAUGCUUGUGGUGUCAAUCUGUGUUUUGGAUGAACAUGACAUCCAUCUGCGAACAAUUUUAC